CCCCACCUGGCAGACCUGCCCACUCCCCUCCACUCCACUUUCACUCAGCCCAAAUGCCCAAUCCACCGCACGCAACUGUGCCGACCAAACCCUAGCUUCGAUCCGCGGCGAGCAGCAUGGCGCCGCGGCCGGCGGCGGCGGCGGCGGCGGCGGCGCUGAUGGACGAGCUCGUGGAGGAGAUCCUUCUCCGCAUUCCACCGGACGACCCCGCGCGCCUCCUCCACGCGGCGCUCGUCUGCAAGCGCUGGCGCCGCAUCGUCUCCGACCCCAGAUUCCGCAGCCGGUUCUGUGAGUUCCAUCGCACGCCCCCGAUGCUCGGCUUCAUCCGCAAUCACGAGCGAGGGUCGUCCUUCGUGUCCACCUCCUCCUUCCGCGCGCCCCCUGCCGAUCGCGUCAACAGCCGCGCGAUCGACGCGCGCCAUGGCCGCGUCCUCCUUCAGAGCCGGGGCCCUUCGGAUCACAAUCCCUGGGAGGAUUCCUUCCAUGUCUGGGUCCCGAUCACGGGCGAACGGAGGAAGCUGCCCGUGCUUCUGCCGGGGCCCAUCUACCCUUGGUCCUGGAAUGCCGCCGUGCUCUGCGCCGCAGCCACCGAAGGCUGUGAACACCUCGAUUGCCACCGCGGACCCUUCCUGGUCGUCUUUGUAGGCAACGGCGACGUUGUGGAAACGCCCGUGAUGUGUGCCCAUGUCUACUCAUCGGAGUCUGAUUCGUGGAGCCAGCAGAUCUCUGCUCCUCACAUCUAUGAUGAUCUCGGAUUGAAUCCAAGUGCCUUUGCAGAGAAUUCGCUCUACUUUAGGUGUAUGCAUAGUGUCCUCAAGUAUGAUUUGGCCACACAGGAACUAUCUUUGAUUCUCCUGCCAGAAGAAAGCUUCUUUUGGGGAUGUGCUCUGCUCAUGGCUACCGAGGGCGGUGAACUUGGACUUGCCUACAUAUUUACAAGUAGAUUGUACCUGUGGUCGAGGAAGGCUGGCCCUAACAAUGGUGCUGGAUGGGCAAGGAAAGUCAUUAAGCUUACAGCAUUGCUUCCUGCUCACGACGACUCACUUGUUCCGAUGGGUCUUACUGGCUUUGCACAUGGCCUUGAUGUUUUUUUUUUGAGGACAAGUGUGGGGAUUUUCACUUUUGAUCUGAAGUCCAUCCGUUUCAUCACAAAGGUGUGCGAAGAAAGUUUCUGCGAUGCAAGUUUCCCCUACAUGAGCUUCUGCACUCCAGCAUUGGGAGCAGCCUCUGCCGAGGGAUCAAGAACAGGCACCUCAAAUGCCUGAUAAACAUAAGGUUCUCCAUUUUGCAGGCUUGUCGAUCAAGGUUAAAAGGGAUGAUCGUUGUGGGUAAUAGUUUAUUUUGGAGGUGGGACAACUCUUUAGCAUGAGUAAGAUUAGUGGUGGUCUUAGUUUGUUGGCCUUUAGGGGUUCUUCAUUUUGUGCAAGGGUUCACAUCUCUCUGUCUGUUAUCUUGAUCAUCACUGUGAAGUUUGCUUGGGACCCUGUAUUAUCCUACUCUAUGUGUACUCCUGAACAUUAGCUUUAAUGGAACCCUUGAAUGGUUGAAUGUGUAUGGUAUCUUUGUUCAAGAAAAUGCGCAUUUGAAUUUAAAUACACGACAAUUCCA